AUGGCGUCGCGCGAUUUAUACAAGACUAAACUCUGCGUGCUCCAUGAAAGGGGAAAGUGCGACAGACCUAACUGCACAUUCGCGCAUGGAGAAGAGGAACUUCGUAAAGCUCCCCCUGGAGCAACUGGCGUUUCAGGAAAGUACUCGGGGUACAGAGGAGGGGAUCUUCGCGAUCGCAUGCGUUACCGUUCUCCGCCUGAAGAUGGCAGACGCCGUGGACGGAGGCCUUCUCCUCCUAGGAAGCGGGGCCGCAGCAUUUCUCCGUCACCUUCAAGAGACGACUAUUCUGAUCGUUCAUAUGACUCACGCUCAAGGUCGCCUUCUGAGACCAGUGAAAGGCAUCAUGGUGAGAGGAAACGAGAACGCGGAGUGGACUAUCGAGCUGCUGGACCUGGUUCUGGCAGCAGGGUUGUCUCUGCUGAAAGGAUGGAACUUGAGCGUGAGAGAAAGAUGCUUCUGAAGGACGUGACCAUACAGAGGGAGCACUGCGACACCCUCCAGACCCUCCUUGGACGCAAGACAGAACUGGCAAAGGAUUUGUUGGAGCAUGCGAAGCUGCUGGAGAGGGAUGUCCAAGAGAAGGAAGGCCUUAUUGCCGAGAUAUCUGUUAACUUGAAGACGCUUGUCGAAGCACAGCAGUGUGUCAUGGCAGCAGAGGACGAUGUGAAAAGGUCCAAGAUUCAGCUCAACAUGUUUUUGGAAGAGUUGACUCCAGAUGACUUGACACCUGCUGUUUCGGCUUUAGCGAAUCUUGCAGAGAUUCCCAUGGCUCUGGAUGCUGCACCUGUUGCAAAUGCAACUGGCACUGCUUUUCCUCUCAAUCAUGACGCAUCUGGGGACAUGAGCUUCGUGCCAACUCCACAUGUAGGAAAUUCUGAUCUGGAAUUACCUGGUCCGGAUGUGGCUGGUAACCAUUUAAUGCCUUACACAAGGCCUUCUGCUGUUGAAAAUCAAUCCUCUGGCAGAGCAAGCUCGUCAAGGCGGCUUUCUCAAGAUGAGUAUGCAAGGACACGUCUUGAAGACCCCACUCAUGAGUCGCAGCCUCCAAUGAGGAGAAGACAGUCUCGUGACAGUCGACAUGCUGAGAACAGAUCUGACUUUCGUGGUUCGGAACAGAGAAGUGGGCGCGGCAGAGCAUCAGGCAUGAGGGACAGGGACCACAAAGAUGAGGAGAUGAAUGGUCCAGGUGACCGAGGUGUUUAUCAGGAGGAUGAAGAUUUCAAGCCACCCAGACCCAGGGCUGCUCCUGAUGAUGAUGAGGGGGGGGAGCAGCCUGUUGCUGAUGCAGCAGAGGCUAAAGCAUCUGGCAAGGGUAUUGUCAUGAAGUUUCGUGAAAAUGACAAGCGCGGGAAACGUCAAACUGGGCAGGAAAAAGACGCAGAGAAACAGACUAAGCUUGCCGAGGACUCUGGAAAGGGGAAGCAGAGUAGGAAUGCUGAUAGUGACAAGGUCUUGAAGACGUCUGAACGGAAGGUCCAGGAUGCUCCCUCCCAGCUGAAGUGGCUUAGGGAGGAAAAGGAGUCGCUUGCCCGCAAGCCGGAGCUCACUGUUCCUGCUCAGUCAAGCAUUGUAAAGAUACCACUACUUGACAAGGCAAAGCAGGGAAAGGUCAAGGCGGACGAGAAAAUGGAACUGCAGGAUCAGCAACUGCAGAUUGAGCAGUCAGAGGAGGAGGAUGCGUCUCUAGCUUCCAAGAAGGAUCCUGUUGCCACACAGGAGUACCCCAUGGAGGAGGAUGAGGCCCCUCCAGGUGUGACGCCUCAAGCAGAUGAGGCAACCGCCCACCCAGUGGCUCAUGAUGUCUUCGCAGCCGCUGCUCCUGUUGAAUAA